GGUACCACCACCACCACCGCCGCCGCCUCACAACAACAACAAACGGAGCCAUGGCGGACAUCAGGCUGGAGGUGCCGGGGGAAAAUGCCGUGUUGGAGGUGCUUUACGAUGGCACGGAAUUGUACCAACAGCCUCCAUCCAUGUCAGAAAACCUCACUCAGCUGGCAAGGAAGAUUGACUUUGCCACUGAUGGGGAGGAGGUGACCACCGAGGAGAAGAAGGAGGAGGAGGAGGAGGAAGAGAAGCAGCCAUUCCAGCAGCCACACUGGCCCCUUGAGGAAGUCAGAAAUAAAGUGAGACAAGCACUGACGGAAGUGUCUGUACUGCACGAUCUGCUGAUGAUAGUGAAGCAGAAGCCCCACCAGUACAUGGUUCUUGACCCAGUGCAGGCUGAGGCCCCAGAACCCAAGGCAUACAUACAGUUCCUCUCCCUGAAGAAGAGCCUGCAGUCGGCAGCCUCCAUCCUCCUGACGGGAGGUGAACGCCUCCGUGCAUCACAGACCGAUAUUGGUAGACCAAACCGUCCUGUUCAGGACUUCCACAUUGAGUUGCUGCGGCUUCGGCAGAACUGGCGGCUCAAGAAAGUUGGGAACACCAUCAUUGGCGACCUGUCGUACCGCUCGGCUGGCUCAAUGUUCAGACAAGUUUUACCCCAGACAGGGAUAUUUGAGGUGUCCAAGGCAGAUGAUGUGACAGGACCGAGCUCUCUGGUGGGGGCCAGUGGUGCAGCGUCCCCUCUCUCUCCCAUGGCCAACCGGGCUCCUCAGUCCUCCCUGAGAGUCAACGUCCCCACGGAGCUUACCGGUUUAGCUUACAUCUUUGUGUGCAUCAAAAAAGAUGAGGAAGACAUUUGUUCUGCUCAGCUCACUAGCAGUGAGUUUGUGGGAGGGGAGACUCCAUGGCAGCAGAAAUUGGAGAAAGCUCAGAAUGUACUUUUUUGCAAGGAGCUCUUUAACCAGCUGGCCCGGGAAGCUGUCAAGCUAACCCCCUCCAUCCCUCACCUGGUGGUCGGCAACCAGAUCACGGCAACCAUCUUUCCUGGCAUUCACUUGCUGGUCGGUCUGUGUCACUCUGAUAGCAAGAAUGGUCCCAAGGGUGGAACACUGCCAGGCUCUGUGGGUGGGGGUGGAGGGCCGGCUGUGGCAGGAGGAGGGACAGGAGGCACCACUGUGGGCAGCACCACCACAGGAGGAGGUCUGAUGGGUCCUUCCAAGUACAAACACGAGCAUGACCUUGAGCACUCCCUGCACCAGCUGUUGCACCGCGUCUACCAUAACAGCUUCCAGCACCCGCUGCCCCACCCUGUGUACGCCUCCAUGGGCAUGAGCAAGCGCAGGCGAGCAGCGGGUCUGGAGGGCAUGGACAGGAACCAGCUGCUGAACAUGAUGCGGGAGCAAACCCUGCUGGAGCAGAUCAUCCGGCAGGUGCAGCACAACUUCCUGCGGCUGCGCACCAUGUAUGUCAUCGACCAGCUGGCGGCGGAGUUCAAGGACCCACUCAUUGUGUCCCACUGGAACGCCUUCAACUCGCCCACCCAGUCGUGUGUCAAGAUCAACAUUGUAACGCAGGGCUACGACUCUGCCCUGCGCACCAAGCUGGUCAUCCACAUCUUUGAGAGAACCCUCAAGUGCAUCUGUCGGGACGGGAAGAUCAUGACCAUGUCCUUUGAGCCGCAGGAGCUGAGGAACCUUAUCCUGUGCCAGAUAUCCCAGCACAACAUGGCAGCACUGCAGGGCCUGGCCAAGUACACUGGGUGGACCGUGCUGUCCUCAGAGCAGAACAUUGGUACAGGCACCAUUGAGCCAUUGGGUAAUGCCUCUACUGUCAUGCUGGCGUCCCCAUCAGGCAACAAGGUGAUCGGCGUACACUCGGGGCCCCACCAGCGGGUGUCAGUGUUUGUGUCAUCCUCACCACGGCCAGACUUCUACCCGUCCACGGUGGUGUCGGAGCAGCGGUGGGAGCACCUGGGCUCCGUGUGGCAGGAGGUGCGCCACGACCGCAUGGAGGGAAGGAACUUUCUCAACAAGAUGGAGUUGCUCAUGGCCGCCCUCACGGCCUAGUGAGCAUCUCAGCUCCAGUGAUGCGUGUGUGUUUGUGUCUGUGGCUCUUGAAUUCUCCCUCCACACACCCAGCUGUUACUGUUUGGUCUUGCUGGUGGAAAUGAAAGGACGGGUUUGCCUGAAAACAUUUCCUCUUUGAAUUCAGUGAGUUGUGUGUUUCAGUCUCAAAAGCAAAAAACUAUGGAGUGAAUGUUCCUUGAUCAGAGAAAACAAUAAAUUAUCAAGGAAAGUACAAAUUUUUUGUAUAGUUGUUGAUGUAUUAAUAUUAUUAGAGACAAUCAA